AUGCUCUGGAAGCUCGUGGAGAAUGUCAAGUACGAAGAUAUCUAUGAGGACCGGCACGAUGGCGUCCCGAGUCACAGCUCGCGGCUCUCCCAGCUGGGCUCGGUGUCCCAAGGACCUUACUCCAGCGCCCCGCCGCUGUCGCACACCCCGUCGUCAGAUUUCCAGCCGCCCUACUUCCCGCCCCCCUACCAGCCGCUCCCCUACCACCAGAGCCAGGACCCCUACUCCCACGUCAACGACCCCUACUCCUUGAACCCCCUCCACCAGCCCCAGCAGCAUCCCUGGGGGCAACGGCAGCGGCAAGAAGUGGGUUCAGAGGCCGGUUCUCUCCUGCCCCAGCCUCGGGCCGCCCUGCCCCAGCUCUCGGGCCUCGACCCCCGGAGGGACUACCACUCGGUCCGCCGGCCCGACGUGCUCCUGCACUCGGCUCACCACGGCCUCGACGCGGGCAUGGGGGACAGCCUCUCGCUGCACGGCCUCGGCCAUCCGGGCAUGGAGGACGUCCAGUCAGUUGAAGAUGCCAAUAACAGCGGCAUGAAUCUAUUGGACCAGUCUGUCAUAAAAAAAGGAUAUAUAUCUCUAUUUCCGGUUCCUCCCAAAUCUGUGACUUCUCUGAUGAUGAAUAAAGAUGGCUUCUUAGGAGGCAUGUCCGUCAACACCGGCGAGGUGUUUUGCUCGGUCCCAGGCCGUUUGUCUCUGCUUAGUUCAACUUCAAAAUACAAAGUAACUGUGGGAGAAGUUCAGAGACGGCUGUCGCCCCCGGAAUGCCUCAAUGCGUCUCUCCUCGGCGGCGUCCUCAGAAGAGCCAAAUCGAAAAAUGGGGGGAGAUCUUUGCGAGAAAGGCUAGAAAAAAUCGGUUUGAAUUUACCCGCGGGCAGACGCAAAGCAGCAAAUGUCACGUUACUCACCUCCCUGGUGGAAGGAGAAGCUGUUCAUUUAGCUCGGGAUUUUGGGUAUAUUUGUGAAACAGAGUUUCCCGCCAAAGCUGUUUCUGAAUAUUUGAACCGGCAGCACACGGACCCCAGUGACCUGCACUCCCGGAAGAAUAUGCUGCUGGCCACCAAGCAACUUUGUAAAGAAUUUACGGAUCUGCUGGCUCAGGACCGGACUCCGAUCGGGAACAGCCGGCCCAGCCCCAUCCUGGAGCCGGGGAUCCAGAGUUGCCUCACGCACUUCAGCCUCAUCACGCAUGGCUUCGGCGCCCCGGCCAUUUGCGCCGCGCUCACGGCUCUGCAGAACUAUCUCACCGAGGCGCUCAAAGGCAUGGACAAGAUGUUCUUGAACAACACCACCACUAACAGGCACACGUCUGGGGAAGGCCCAGGUAGUAAAACUGGCGACAAGGAGGAGAAACACAGGAAAUGA